AUGAACGAAAAUUUAUUUGCCUCAUUCAUCACUCCCACAUUAAUAGGACUACCAAUUGUUCUACUAAUUAUUGCUUUUCCCACUAUUAUAUUCCCUUCAUCUAAACGACUAAUUCCUAAUCGCCUAGUCUCAUUCCAACAAUGAUUAAUCUCAUUAAUUCUUAAACAAAUAAUGGCAAUACACAAUAUUAAAGGUCGAACUUGAUCCCUAAUACUUAUAUCAUUAAUUCUAUUUAUUGGAUCAACAAACCUACUAGGACUUCUACCCCAUUCAUUUACACCUACCACCCAAUUGUCUAUAAAUCUAGGAAUAGCAAUCCCACUAUGAGCUGGAGCCGUAAUCACAGGAUUCCGACACAAAACCAAAGCUUCCCUAGCACAUUUUCUUCCUCAAGGCACCCCAAUCCCACUAAUCCCCAUACUAAUCAUUAUUGAGACUAUCAGCCUAUUCAUUCAACCAAUAGCUCUAGCCGUCCGACUAACCGCCAAUAUUACUGCGGGUCAUUUAUUAAUUCACCUAAUCGGAGGAGCCACUCUAGUACUUAUAUCCAUUAGUAUACCUACAGCAAUUAUUACGUUUAUCAUCUUACUACUUCUCACCGUACUGGAAUUUGCAGUAGCCCUAAUUCAAGCUUACGUAUUUACUCUUCUAGUAAGCCUAUACUUACAUGACAAUACCUAA